AUGCUGGGCCACGGGGCUCCUGCAGUGGACAUCAACUCAGUUGACAACCAGAACCCAGACCUCGCGACGAGCAUCUACCCGCGCGUCUCCGAGCUGGACGCACCGUACUCCAUCCCCGAGGCCUCCCUCCGCUCCGCCAUCCACAUCCCCGCCGACUUCCAGUACGGCCGCGACGGGAGAACGCCCGUCCUCCUCGUCCCCGGCACAGGCACCCACGGCGGCGAAGCCUACGCGCCCAACCUUACUAAACUCCUACGCCAAAGCCCCUUCGGCGACCCGGUGUGGCUGAACAUCCCCGGGCGGAUGUGCGACGCCUCCGCCCGCAACGCCGAGUACGUCGCCUACGCGAUCCACUACCUCUCCGCCCGGUGCACCCAAAAAAUCGCGGUCAUCGCCUGGUCCCAGGGCUGCAUCACAACGCAGUGGGCGCUGAAAUACUGGCCCAGCGCGCGCGGCCCCGUGCAGAGCUUCAUCGCCCUCGCGGCGGAUUUCGCCGGCACCGUGGCCGCGUGGGCGCUCUGUCCGUUCCCCGGCACGCAGCCGGGCACCCCGGCCGUGUGGAACCAGACCCGCAAUGCCACGUUCAUCAGGACUCUACGAUCCGGCGGCGGGGAUUCCGCGUAUGUACCGACGACGUCCAUCUACUCCGCGACGGAUGAGGUGGUGCAGCCGCAGUCCGGGCCGGGGGCAUCGGCGUUCCUGAGGGAUGCGCGCGGCGUCGGGGUCACGAAUUGCGAGCUGCAGCUGCAUGUCCCGCGCUCCUUCGCGGCGGCCGGGGGCCUGUUUUGUUCGCAUGAGGCGGUGCUGUAUCAUCCGCUGGCGUGGGCGUUGAUCGCCGAUGCGAUUCAGCAUGGUGGGCCCGGCAAAGUGGAGAGGAUUGAUCUGGCGACGGUGUGUAGGCGCGGCCGGGCGGAGGGGAUCGGGUUGGUCGAUGCGGCGCGCACGCAGGCCCUGGCGGCGGGCGCGUUGAAGCAGAUCCUCUUCUUCUCGCCUAAGCCUUGGCGCGAGCCGGAGUUACCGGGUUAUGCUGUCGAGGGGGAGAGGGUUGAGGUUGAGGAGGCGGUGGUUCGGGAUGUGGUGAAGGGGCCUGCGGUGGCUGUUGCUUCGGAAAUGUCAGGGUUGGUUUCGGUAUAG